GAUAAGACAUAGAGUUUUCGGUCGCAAUGUACUCUGCCACUAACAGAAUGAUGUGCAAACCGAAUACACCCGUAUAAAUACACUCGUAUAAAUACUCUGAUCGUUUCCAGUUCAGAUUCUCUUAUUUAUUUGGAAAAUUUAUACUCCGUAAUGGAUGAAAGAGGAAUCAAUGCUCUAUCAGAAUGUGUGCGUUACUCAUCUGAACUUGGAUCAGGUGCAGGGAAGGGUGGUGGUUCUGGAGGCUCCAUUAGAGAGGCUGGAGGUGCUUUCGGGAAACUGGAAGCUGCUCGAGAAGAAGAAUUUUUUAAGCGAUUGGAAAAACAGCAGCUUGCUAUGCUGAAGAAACAAAUACAUGAAGAUAUUGACUUUCAUGAGAAUCAAAUUAAGAUACAUGAGGAAGCAAUUAAACGGCAUAAGAAGAAGAUCAAAGGCAUGAAAUCUGAUUCUGACUAAAGAGACUUUUCUUAUAAAAUUAGCAGAUAUAAGUAUAUAGUGAUAGGUAUGUUUUGCCAAGUUCACCUCUGUUGCCUGGUUCAAUUAAAUAUCUACUGAAUAACAAAAUA